AUGUUAAAUGAUCAAUUAACAAUCAAUACCUUGAGAGAAUUAAACUCUAGGCUUGCUCUUCAAAUUGAUGAACUUAGAAAGAAGAAUACCGAAGUCAAGGCUGAGAACACAAGAUUGAAACAAGCUAUAGAGGAAAAUGUAAUACUCAAGAUUAGAUUCAAAGAACUAGAAAAAAAAAAUAAAACAAAUACUGUUAAGCUUAUUGCCAAGAAUGUUGAGUUAAAAGAUAAAGUCUCGAAAUUGGAACAGAAGCAGACCCAAGUCAUCACUAAUGACCAAAACACAUCUUCUACAAACAAUAUUUUGCAGUCUACAGCUUGUUCAGAAUUAUCAGAUCAGUCUGACAGGGAGAAAGACAAUAAUUCUGAUUAUUUAUCUAAACUAGAACAUAAUCUGACAAGACCUGAAUUAUUAGCAGAAUCUGAAAUAUCCAAAUCUUCUUUAUCACAAGAUACUAUUAAUGAUGAUUCAGUUGAGAUUCUUGAAUUUGUAGAAACAAUACAUAAAGAGAAUAUUAGUAAUGAAAUAAGGGAAAGAAUCAGAAAAAAGAAACUUCAGAGUCAAGAAUCAAUGCAAAGAACAUCUUUCUCUUUUAAUAUACAAAAUAAUAAGUUAAAUCCUGUUAUCAACAUCCAUGAGCAUAAAAUCACCCAAUCAGAAUCAAUACCUACUGAUCAAGCACAAAAUACCAAAAUAAAAAUUCCAUAUAAUAAAAAAAUAGAACAAGAUUUAAGAGAUAAUUUAUCUAUUAAGCAUAUAAAUAAAAUCGAUGAUCAAACAGCAAGGACAUUAGUAUAUAAUGAGAUUAAAACACUUCUUUUAGAUAUUACCAAUGUAAACUUGUGCCAGAAAACAUUCAGAGCAAAAAAAAUUUAUAUAUUACUUACAGGAAUAGAUAUUAUAAACUGUUUUUUUAAAAAAUCUAUUAGUAUAGAUAUUAAAUAUCAAGAAAAGAUUGGUGUUACAAAUUGUAACACACACGUGACUGAACCAUUUAGCUCAAAAGACAUAUCAAAUAUUGAGGUAAGAAUAUCUACUGAAUCAUUUUAUACCUCUAAUUCAGAAGAUAUGAUAAAUAAGGAUGUCAAAUCUUUAUCAGAAACUGAGAUAAGUGUAUUUGCUAAAUCGAUUUCAAAUAAACCAAAAACUGUAAAUGUAUUCGAUAAGUAUAAUAAAAAUGAUGAUAAAUUCUCUGAUAAUAAUGAUAAUGGAGAUUAUUGCAGUAUUAGAAUUGUUAGUUGUGAAGGUAAUGGUGUUAUUACUUGUGAUGGUAGUGUUAUCAUUAGUCUUAGAAGUAGUGAUAUUGUUGAUCUUAGAGGUAAUACUAUCAUUAGUCUUGGAGAUGAUAGUAAUUUUGGUCUUGGAGGUGGUACUAAAUACAAAAAAAUCAUGAUAAGUAAAAAUUCAUUUUUAUAG